GGCAGGUGGCCGAUUGUCAAUCGACGAUUCGUACAUGAAAGCCAAUCACUCUCUGAAAGCAUUUAUCAGACGCUAACUUCUGCGUGAAUCACAUUAGAGAUAGCUAAAAGCAUCAAUUCCAGUUUUUUCUUUUUUUUUUCUCCCUUCAAAAUCAGGAGGAAAGUGAAAAUCAGCGAAAAAUGGCAUCGACGUUCAGCGGCGAUGAGACUGCUCCUUUCUUUGGCUUCCUUGGCGCUGCUGCUGCACUUGUUUUCUCAUGCAUGGGAGCUGCGUAUGGAACCGCGAAGAGCGGGGUUGGUGUGGCGUCUAUGGGUGUGAUGAGACCCGAGCUGGUUAUGAAAUCGAUUGUGCCCGUGGUUAUGGCUGGAGUUUUGGGUAUAUAUGGUUUGAUUAUUGCUGUGAUUAUCAGUACCGGAAUUAAUCCCAAGGCCAAGUCGUAUUAUCUCUUCGAUGGAUACGCUCACCUCUCUUCUGGCCUCGCCUGUGGCCUCGCUGGUCUCUCUGCUGGUAUGGCAAUUGGCAUCGUAGGGGAUGCAGGUGUUAGAGCUAAUGCGCAACAGCCGAAGCUUUUCGUUGGGAUGAUCCUCAUUCUCAUCUUUGCUGAAGCAUUGGCCCUCUAUGGUCUUAUUGUUGGCAUCAUCCUCUCCUCCCGAGCAGGUCAAUCAAGAGCUGAGUAGGAGAGUUUACUUUUUGAAUCAGUUGAGUCAUCCAAAAAUAUUCUGUAUUGGUUAAAAUGGGAAGUUUUUUACUGAAGAAUUAUUGUCUCCAAUCUGCAGUGUGAUUUUCUGCGAAAUAGAUUGGUUCAGUUCCAUUGCUGUAGACGGUAGUGAAAUACAGGGUUAGGUAUUAGUUCUUCCCUUGAAGUUGUCAUCGUUUCAUUAUUCACAUUGUACUUUGUGAAUUUAUUUGAUGUCCUUGUAGGGAGAUUGCCCCUUUGUGCUUCUAGAAAAAUAAAAAUAAAAAGUAAAAGAAUUAUCAA